AUGGCUCUUUUCAUUCACUUCUGCACCUAUGUGUUCUUUGUCCUAGUAACAGUACUGCAUGCUCAGGAACUGAAUGAAUAUUGUUCUGUGGAGAAUCCCAACCCAAGUAUUGAGGAGAACAAUGAUCCUGGGAUUGUGGUUGCCAACAUUACAACAGCAGUUGGUGUCACAGUAACAAUUGACCCACAAUCAACAAUGAACCCACAUUGGUUUGAGAUAAAUGGCUCACAACUUAUCCUGAAUCAUUCAGUGGAUUAUGAGAAUACAACAGUACUUAUUGUAGAAUUAAAGUGCUGGAGUGGAGAUAUAGAGGAAAAUAGUCUGAUCGUUGUGGUGACAAUUAUCAAUGUGAAUGACAAUCCUCCUGUCUUUAAAGAAACUAACAUCACGGUCAAUGUCAAUGAGGAUACAAAAGUGAACACAAUUGUUGUGCCCCAGGCUAAUGUAACUGCUACUGAUGCUGAUUCAGAUGUAAUAUUUUAUAACCUUACAGGAAGUCCAACGGAAUUGGAAUAUUUCAAUAUACAAGGAGUUAACAAUCCACAAAUUUCCUUGCUCAAACCCCUGGAUUAUGAAACAACUAACUUAAUGGAGUUUACUUUAUAUGCUAUGGAUGGGAGUGCUGAUGCAGUAGAUACACACACAGCCACUGCAGCAAUCACCAUACACAUCCUACAAGCAGAUCUCAGACCUCCCUGGUUUCAGCCAUGCACUCUCAUUGGAGGUCGCAUAAUGUGCAUCAACUAUGGCUACACAGGCAAAGUCAACAUCUCAGAGAAUGUGACUGAGCCCUUGAUUUUGGAGCCAGGACCCCUCUAUGCUAUUGAUGGGGAUAGAGAUUUGGAUGAAACUAUAGUAUACGAAAUAGCUGGUGGAAAUGAUUACAACACAUUCUCAAUAAACAACUCUACUGGAAAUAUAACAAUGAAUAAGCCUGCCAACACACUACAGACAUUCAUGUUGUAUAUUGUGGCUUCUCAAGAAAACAAUCCAUUUAGAUAUUCUCAAACUACUGUGGAAAUCAAAGUUGUACAUAGAAAUGACUACAAGCCUGACUUCAACACUACUUACAUGGGAACAGUGUCUGUGGACAUGCCUGUUUCCAGCCUGGUUAUGGAGGCCGGCAGACCUUCAGUACCCCUGAAGAUUUUUGCAGCUGAUUAUGACUUCCCUAAUGGAAUCAAUCCUGACAUCAGAUAUGAGAUCCAAAACAGUAGUGAUUUCAGAGUUACCUCGGAUGGAUUUCUCCUGACCAAUGUCGCUCUGAAUGUGGCCUCCACUAUCACCCUUUUGGCUAUUGCUAAUGAUACUGUGGCUCUGCAAGAGGCAAAAACUUUGAUUACUGUAGAUGUCCUACCUUUGGCAACUACAGCAAUUCCAACCACCACCACCACCACCACCACAACAACAACCCCUACAACACCCUUCCCUGUCAUCCCAGGGACGGUGACGACUACUUCAAGGCCUUCAGGUUCAUCCUCCAGUUUACCCCCUGGGAUAAACAGCACUCUAUCUACAGUUCCCUCUGGAUCUACCAAGUCCACAACACCACCUGCAAGUACAACGAGGAAUACUGGCAUUACAGGGAGUACGGGGAAACCUGUGACAGCAUCUCCAGGACCUGGGGACCCACACCCCACAAGCCCUACUUCUCUAUCUACUGUAACAACUACAACCUCAGCAACUCCAGGGCCUGGGGGACCCACACCCUCAACAAGCCCUACUUCUCCAUCUUACUGUAACAACACAACCUCAGCGUCUCAGGCCCUGGGGGACCCCACACCCUCAACACAAACCCUACUUCUCCAUCUAUUUAACAACUAACAAACCUCAGCAUCUCCAGGACCUGGGGGCCCCACACGGGGGACCACACCUCAACACAGCCUAUCUUCUCCAUCUACUGUAACAACUACAACCUCAGCAUCUCCAGGACCUGGGGGGCCCACACCCUCCACAAGCCCUACUUCUCCAUCUACUGUAACAACUACAACCUCAACAUCUCCAGGACUUGGGGGAUCCACACAGUCAACAAGCCCUACUUCUACAUCUUCUGUAACAAGUACAGCCUCAGCAGCUCCAGAACCUGGGGGAUCCACACAGUCAACAAGUCCUACUUCUACAUCUUCUGUAACAAGUGCAACCUCAGAUAGUACAAAAGUUCUUUCAGUUCCACGGAAUAAAUAUGAAAGAGAUAUGGCUGUGCUGGGUGGAACUUUGGGGAGUUUGUUGGUAAUUACACUAGUGCUGCUCGGAUUGAUCUCCUACAAGUAUUACAAAUUGAAAAAGGAACCCACAGAAGACAACACCAAAGCUGUUGCAGGCUUGACCAAUACCAGCUUUGAAAAUGAUGAUAACCCUAACUCAGAUGGAGAGGCCAAUGAAUUGCCAGCAAGCUUAGAGGCUGAUGUCGACCACUCAGGCACUCCACCUCCCUUGGAGAUGGCUGUGGAAAGCAGCCUGGCAUCAGCUGCUUCUGAAGCAAUCAAAAGUGAAGACAAAAAUGAGGACAGUGAUAGAGAAGUGAGGUCCAUCCUCACAAAAGAUAGGCGGAUGGCAGACGAUGAUGGUUACAAGGCAGUGUGGUUUAAAGAAGACAUUGACCCAGAAGCUAAGGAUGAAGUUUUGGUGAUUGAAGAUGACAGCGAUGCAGAACAGAACAGAAAUGAGAGUGAUGGUGAUAGUAAUGAGGAGGAGGAUGUUGAUGACAGUGAUAAUGAUCGUAAUGGUGGCAGUGGAAAUAAUGAUAGUGGCGGAGGUACUGGUGAUGUCUCCCUCAUUCCAGGAAGAGCUCAUCUCCCAGAAGCUCAAUCUACUCUCAGUGAAUCUCUUGAGAAUGCAGAAGAAAAUGUUGUUUAUUUGUAA